AUAACUAUUUAAAGCAGUCUGUCCUGACUCAGCUCAGCAGUCUCCAGUCUACCAACUGGUCUCUGUAAUAACUAUUUAAAGCAGUCUGUCCUGACUCAGCUCAACAGUCUCCAGUCUACCAACUGGUCUCUGUAACUUCAUCUUUGUCUCUGUGGUGUUCAGUCUUCAGGUGAUGAUGGGGGUAUUGAAUCAUCUCUCUACUCUCCUCCUUCUCUCUCUCCUUCCUCCUGCUCUCUCUCAUGUAGUGAAGUUCAGUGAUGUUCCAGAGUGCAAGGAGUUCUUCCUGGAGGAGACAACUCCAAAUCUCCCAGGUAUUUUGGUUGAUGGGACAGUCAAGGACCAGAACCGCUACAAGCAGAUCUGCCAGAAGUUUAAAUACACAAAGAAAAAUGUUGUUUACGAGAUCUACAUGUUUGCAACUCUCUACGACACGACCAACAGGAUCCCUGUGUUCUCAGCCUACACCUUCACUGGGGUCGGAUUGAGCGAGAAAAGACCAGAUAAAUGGAUGAUUGAACCGCAGCUGGACGGAGGAGUUGACCAAGUUAUGAGUCUGGAGGAAGACAGAGUGACUUACACACACCAGGCUGUCAAUCAAGAUUAUGAUAUAGAUGGUAACAACAAGAAGGUGAACAAAGGUCACAUGUUUCCUAAAGCUUUUGCUCACCAACCUGUUAAUCAGAACUCCACCUUUACCCUGACAAACGCUGUUCCUCAAGUAAAGACAUUUAAUGAAGGUAGCUGGGGAACGAUGGAGUGUAAAGUUAGAAAGAUUCUCCUGAAGCAGUGUCUAGAUAAUACUGGUAAACCCAAGGCCUAUGUGGUGACUGGAGCAGUUCCCAGUAAGAGCAACACACUGAACAACCGAGUGAACAUCCCAGAUCUCAUGUGGACAGCCUACUGCUGUUACAACAACAAGAUGAAAAAGUGGAUUGCCCAAGCACACUGGAGUGAGAACGAAGAGGAACCGAACAAAAAAGUAUUGAACCCCCAUACCUUGGCAGAUCUGUAUAACAUGUUGAAGCAGCACUACCCAGGUGGUGAUAUCCAGGUGUUCCCAGAGCAGUGUCCAAGAGGUUCUUCUCAGAAAGAGAGAGAGAAGAGCAGAGAGAGGGAGGUAGGAAGUGGGGAUGUUAGCAGGAAACGGUUAAUGGAAUGUGAUGAGGAUUGUAAAUGUGUCUCUUUGUAGGUGUCACAGAUCAUUUCCUGUCCCAGAGUUUGGUCCAGUGGAAACACAGACAACUAUAAAGUACAUUCCCUCAUGGGAGACCAGGGUUCAAGUCAAAUCUUUCUAUACUGACUUUCACUGCUAUGUCUAUAUAUCACAUGAAAUUCUGAAGAAAAUAAAGUUUAAUUCAGUUAUGAUAUAAAGACAUUACUGUUGUUAAUACAUAGUCCAACAGUAUGUCAGGUUCUGACUACUAUGUAACUGUUACCAUGGAGAUACUAUUAUAUGUUCUGAAUGUAAUAUUAUCACUGUUACCAUGGAGAUACUAUUAUAUGUUCUGAAUGUAAUUCUAUCACUGUUACCAUGGAGAUACUAUUAUAUGUUCUGAAUGUAAUUCUAUCACUGUUACCAUGGAGAUACUAUUAUAUGUUCUGAAUGUAAUUCUAUCACUGUUACCAUGGAGAUACUAUUAUAUGUUCUGAAUGUAAUUCUAUCACUGUUAUCAUAGAGAUACUAUUAUAUGUUCUGAAUGUAAUUCUAUCACUGUAUGUAUCCAUCUUCUUCCCAUCUGAAGGAAUAAACAUCUAUAAUAAAUGAA